ACGUGAUAGAUACAUCUCUAUCUGUUGGCCAAGGCAAAGAUGCAGUAAGUAGAGACUUAGAUGGAGACACUGAGGAUGAUAUGGGACCGGCAAGAAACGAUAAUGACAAAGAGACUACAAUUGCUUCAGAUGGCGAAGACCUAGACAGCGAUCCAGACUUUGUUGAAGAUGAACAGAUAGACAACAAUAAUCUGUUUGAAGAUAUUGAAGAGUUGGGUGAGGGUUCUACAGCAGAGAAUGUUGAAAAUCAAAAGAAGGGUUUCAUAUUGGAAAAGGCUAGUGAAACUAAGUAUGGCCUCUCUCUGGAGCAGAUUGUGAAACCAAUUACAUUGCCUCCAGUAAUAUCUUCAGUUAAUAGAACAUUUAUGCAAACGUCUGCACCUAAUGUGAGCACCUCUAUUGUCUCUACUGUCAAUAACUCUUCAGUUAAGGAAGCAAUAGAAGUCCUUCAAGAUGAUGAGAACCAUGUGCUGUUGCAAAGCAACUUGGACACUUCAAAAAAUGAUUCUGCAACUGUCAGUAGUCCCGUUAAAAAAAAGAUGAGGUGUCAAAUGCCACCAAAAUCAGUAACAACCAUAGAUGAGAUGAACCGUUUACUAGUUCGGCACCGUGCUCGUUCACGUGCAAUGAGACCAAGAUGGUCCUCAGUACAUGACCGAGAAAUCCUGACUGCAAAGUCACAGAUUGAGAAUGAUCCCAUCGUGAAGAUCAAUCGAGAACUUUAUGCUCCCCUCUUUCGGAAUGUUUCAAUGUUUAAAAGGAGCUAUGAACUCAUGGAACGCAUACUCAAAGUAUAUAUUUACAAGGAUGGAGAAAAACCCAUCUUUCAUCAACCAAUAAUGAAGGGACUCUAUGCCUCCGAGGGAUGGUUUAUGAAACUGAUGGAGGGAAAUAAGCGUUUUGUUGUGAAGGACCCCCGAAAGGCACACCUGUUUUAUAUGCCUUUUAGUUCACGGAUGCUACAGUACACCCUGUAUGUACAUAACUCUCACAAUCGGACCAACCUACGCCAAUAUCUCAAGAUUUAUUCAGAAAAGAUAGCAGCAAAAUAUCCUUUCUGGAACAGAACUGGUGGGGCAGAUCAUUUUCUUGUUGCUUGCCAUGAUUGGGCCCCAUAUGAAACAAGGCAUCAUAUGGAACAUUGCAUCAAAGCCCUCUGCAAUGCUGAUGUAACUGCAGGCUUCAAAAUAGGGAGAGAUGUGUCCCUUCCAGAAACAUACGUCCGUUCUGCCAGAAACCCUCUGAGAGACCUUGGAGGAAAGCCACCUUCUCAAAGGCAUAUUCUUGCCUUCUAUGCUGGUAACAUGCAUGGAUAUUUACGCCCGAUCUUGCUCAAGUAUUGGAAGGACAAGGACCCUGAUAUGAAGAUCUUUGGUGCAAUGCCUCCAGGUGUUGCAAGCAGAAUGAAUUACAUUCAUCAUAUGAAGAGCAGCAAGUACUGCAUCUGCCCCAAGGGUUACGAGGUCAACAGCCCGAGGGUGGUUGAAGCCAUCUUUUACGAGUGUGUACCUGUGAUCAUCUCUGACAAUUUUGUGCCACCAUUUUUCGAUGUCUUAAAUUGGGAUUCAUUCUCAAUCAUUAUCGCUGAGAAAGAUAUCCCUAACUUGAAAGACGUACUCAUUUCUCUACCGGAAGAGAAGUAUCUAGAAAUGCAAAGUGCAGUGAGGAAGGUUCAGCAGCAUUUUCUGUGGCAUGCCAAGCCCAUGAAUGUUGCACCGCCCCUCCCUUCCCCCCAAACGCAGCCCCAAUGCACAAUGACAAUACUAAGAACGUCUUCGGUUUUAGUAGUCGGUCUGUUCUUCUCCAGAUGA